CAUUACGGCGUGCCUCACCUCCAUUCACGAGUGCUUUAACGAACCGGACCAUGACUGACCAUUUAGAAAGUCGGACUUUUCCGCAGGCGUACCUAAAACUACCCGUGUUCGUCCAUUCCGCGCUACCGCCGCUGGAAAAGCUCCACUUGUACCCGGUCAAAGCUAGCGGCCUCGAGCCUCUACCCAGGCCCGUCCGAGAGCGCCUGCUCCCUGGGCCAGCCAGGCCACCAGGCCCGUCGGGUCAUCGCACCGUGAGGACCUCAUGCAAAAUGGACAAAAUGCUCGUCCGAGUGCCCAAGAGCAUCCUCGGUGUUGGCGAAAUAAAUCAGCUCAAACUGGGAUCAUGUCAAGCAACAAAAUCGUCCAAGAAUUAUAUUUAUUUCCUUCAUGGACUCGACCAGUGUGGAACCAAACGACAGAUGAUUAAUGGACACAUGACCUAUUCGAACACACUGCAGUACAACCCCGAGAUGCACCUUGGCCUAAUAAGGAGAUCCGUGCCCUUUGUGAUGCCCGUUGUCUGCAAUUACACCAGGUAUCAAUAUUCCUACAAAGUUGGCUACCUUCCAAAAAUGCGCAUGCGCCACAUCUUCAAAGCAAUGAGGAACAGAGCCAAUUUUAUCCUGACACCACUGAACGCUCGGUGGGAAAGGUUCUCUCCGUCUGAUAAGUACAUCCUGGGUGAGCCCAUGCACUUUGAGGUCGAGGGUCCGUCUGUGCCCCAAGACAUGAGGCUGUAUGUCCACUCGUGCUAUGCCACACCCAAUAAGUCGCACACCUCCAAGCCUCAAUUUCCGGUUGUGAAGGAUUUUGGGUGCAUGAUUGAAAGCAAGUAUGGUCGCUCCAGAUUCAUCCCAUACAAGAACAACGUUGUCCGAUUUUCCGUGGAUGCUUUCUACUUCCGAGGAAUGACAGACCAACAACUCUACAUGCACUGCACCAUGUCGGCUGAAAGUGACGUUCCCACUCCGACGGCAAAGACCUGCAACUACGACACAAACUUAGGAAGAUGGGUGGAGCUCCAUGGCUGGGACUGGGUGUGUGCCUGCUGUGACUCCAGCUGUGGCUCUGCUGCCGGUUUGAGCGAAGUAACCACCAGCAGAGGGUGGAAAGUGCAGCCAAGAGGGCAACCAUUCAAAAACCACAAGAGGAAGCAGCCAUUGUUCUUCUCCACUACCACCACCACCACCACGACAGCAGCACCUUCCGUGGUGAAGACCACCUUGGAGGUCAUUCAAGGCCCGACCACACCGCGGCUCCAACUGAUUGAUGCGACAGAGUUAAAGUGGCCGUUUGGCGGGAGAGGUGUGGAGUGGGUAGAGGAGGAGGAGCAGGUGAUGGAGGAGGAUAUCUUGGAAACCUAUCCAGACUUUGACAUCAUCAAACAUUCCCACGAGCCUAAAGUGAAAGGCGUGGAAAAAUCCCGGAUGAAGAUACUGACGCUGAAGACUAGCCGAGAGGCGACGAAGCCUGAAGCGAUGGGUAAGGUGGCAGACUGGGAGUGGGAGGACGAGGAGAUGGUCAAGAAGGGUUCCGCUGUGGUGGAGGUCAUCAAAGAACCUCGCCGAACCUUUGAAGAUAUCUUUGAGUUUGACGAAUAAAGCCCAACGC